AUGGGGCUGGUGUUCUGCACCUUAAAUUACAAUCAGAUGUAUUUUGGUUCAGAUGAAGUUUUCAGCCUGCAAUUGGGAUUCUUCCUGACAGUGUCACCAGAAGCAGUAUUAAAAGUGGCUGCUCAGGCUUCUGCCAGCAACAAGAUCUUCAGCUUGAAUCUUUCUGCACCAUUUAUAAGCCAAUUCUACAARGAGCCUAUGAUGAAAGUCAUGCCUUACGUGGAUGUUCUUUUCGGAAACGAAACGGAAGCUGCCACUUUUGCUAGAGAGCAAGGCUUUGAGACUGAAGACAUUAAAGAGAUAGCCCGGAAGACACAAGCCCUGCCGAAGGUGAACACUAAAAGGCAGCGAAUCGUAGUCUUUACCCAGGGCAAAGAGGACACUAUAUUGGCUACAGAAAAUGAAGUGACUACUUUUCCUGUGUUGGUGAGUGAUCAGAGUGAAAUUGUGGAUACCAAUGGAGCUGGAGAUGCAUUUGUUGGAGGCUUUCUGUCCCAGCUCGUCUAUGACCGGCCGGUGACCGAGUGCAUCCGGGCUGGACAUUACGCGGCCAGCGUAAUUAUCAAGCGUUCAGGGUGCACCUUCCCAGAGAAGCCUGACUUCCACUGAUAGUGGUGAAUUGGAGGGAUCAAGAGUAACUUCUGUGUUGCCAUGGGAUUGCUGCCUAAAUUUUUCCUCCUUCCCUUUCCUUACCUUUCCAGUACCUGCAUCAACGCUUCUGUACUUCUGUUCAUUGUAUUCUAAACAAAAUAUAUAUUUCUAUGGUGUUUUCCAUUUCAUACAUCUACAUGUCUMAGUAGUCUUAACUUUUGAAAACAGUGCAGAGUGAAGCUUAUUAUCUCAUCCAUCAGGAAAUUCUAUUUACACAGUUUCCAAGGAAGUCCCAUUUAAAUUACACUGCUGAUUAACACCAUUAAAAUACUUCUGUUGAAUUGCCUAGUUUGUAUCCAGCUGUGGCCAAAUCCUAUUCAACUUACAUGGAAUCAACAGUGCUGGCUUUAUUUGUCACUUAACCUUAUAAACAGGGAAUUGUUCUUUCCAUCUAGUAGAGUCAGACCUGUGUAAAAAGUGGUGUAAGUGUCCCAGGAAUUUCCAUACAUAUUGGAGUGUACAAGAUCUGGCCAUCAGAUCCAGCCCAGCUUCYAUGAAAGUACAUCACUGUUUUGUCAGUAAUUUAAAGACCUGAUCCACAGUUCAUAUUGUGCAUUCAGUCAUCCUGCACUGAUGGCAGUAGCUUUGGGUCUGGCCACUUUUAUCCAUCAGUACAUCUCUAGGUCUAUAGGUACAGUCACUUUUAUCUGUCAGGUGAGCUAGCAGAUAGGUACUUUCAGUGAUUUCAGGGCAGAUGCAUGAGUUGAUGAUGAGUAUAAACAUACAGAUAGGUCCUAUCUCCUCCAUGUGAGCUUUCUAGAGGCUGCAUUAAGGUACACAUAAUGAAAAUGAGGUACAGAAAUAUUUAUGCAGGAUAUAUUGUCAGGAUAUGCCAAAUGGAAUCUCUGAAACGCACAUUUUUAAACUUUUAAUUUACUUUGGAUAAUUUAGCAAUAUGGUGGAUUUUGUUUGUAUUUACAGUAUUCRAAAAGGUGAUCUUACACUGCAUUCAUUACUUUGCUAUGUAAUUUGAUACUGAUAAAUAAAAAAUUGUCAUACAGUAA